AUCUACUAAAGCAGCAAUUAUGUACCACAGCAUCAGAUAUUUUGGCCUGAAAUCAAGCAGAUAUGUGAACAUCACGAAUGUGGACGGUAUUUAAGUAAUUUUGACUACGGAUAAUGUGCGAUUUAGGCCAGUUUUAUACGAUUUAAUGCGAUUAAGGGAGGUUUUCAGAAACACUUGUGUGCAUUGUUCUGCGACAGGAUGAACAACUUCAGGGAGAUGUAUUCAAGCUUACCUCCAGACGUCAAAAACUGGAUUUUAAACUAAAAAGCAGUCGUUCUAUUAGCUCUGUGUGUUCUUAUUUACAAUUAUGUGGUGCAAAAGACGUGAAAGAGAUCAUAUAUGGCGAGAUAUCACGUAUUUGUUGGGAUUUAUAUGCCUUGUUUUUAUAAGUGGGGUUGAUGGGUCUUGUUCGGGUAGGACGGUUUUCGAAAAUACCUGGACAGGUCACAUCACGGAAGGUCCCGGCAACUAUCCGAUGGAUGUCUACUGCGAAUGGAGAAUCGUUGCUCCUGAUCCUCUCGCCAAGAUAAUGUUAAAUUUUACAAAUUUUAAAUCUGAGUGUACCUAUGAUUUCUUGUUUAUCUAUGAUGGCAAUUCAUUUACCAGUGAGCUUAUAGCAAGUUUUAGUGGCGACACCACACCAGAACCGGUGGUGGCAUAUUCUGGGCAUAUGAUAAUAUAUCUUUACAGUGAUACUAAUUAUGCUUUAGAUGGUGUAGAUGCUAACUUUUACAUCCAAAAUUGUACUAAUGAUUGUAAUGGAAAAGGUACGUGUAAAGACUACCAGUGUGACUGUCAAAGAGGCUGGAAAGGUGACGCCUGUCAGUUUGAAAGCUGUCCUGGCAAUUGUGGUUACGAUGAAAACAGAGGACAGUGUCUUUUUAUACUCUACUAG